GAAAUUUCCACUCCCUGCAGCAGCCACAGCAGCCGCCACUGCCGCGGCGGCGGGAAGGAGGAAGGCGGGCGCAGGCCCGGAACCGCCGCAGGGGGAAGGCCGGGCCCGCCACGGCCGAGCCCCGCUCCCCGCAGCGCGGCGGGGCCUUGGCUGGCCCCGGGCCGGCGGAGCAGGCCGCGGGGGCCGUGCGGGCGGCGGCCCCCCGCGGGGCGAGCGGGCGUGUGCACGCCUGGGGCGUCGGAGGCGGCGCUUGGCGCGGGCAGGGGGCGGCGCGGCGGAGCGUGCGCAGCUGCCGGCGCCCUUUAAGCCGCGCCAGCGCGCCCGUCUCGGUGUGUGUGCAGCCGGGCAGCCGUGCGGGCAGGAGCUGCUGCCUGGUGACGUGCAGCUCCUCCUCCGUCGUCCCUCUCCGGCACCGCCGCCACCCCCUUCUUCCCCACCCUCUGCCCCGCUGCGUCCCCGCUCCUCCCGCCACAGCCAGCUCUAAGAUGCCCCGCUAUGAACUGGCUUUGAUCCUGAAAGCCAUGCAAAGGGGUUGGUACAGUAGGCCUCACUAAACUUAGCUGCAACUAAGAAUUUCUCCUACAUCAACUGAGUUAAGGCUGAUGCUCUUGUGGAAUGUGGAUUAAAAGUGCGUGCUAAGUUCCAAAUUUCCAUUUGAGAAGCGGAGAAAGUAAAUGUACCACAACCACCAGCAUCAGGACAGCAAACCAAGGGACAAAGAAUUUGAUCCGCAGUGUUGAUAAAUGUUAACUGGUUCACGUGUUGCUUAAAAGACGUUUGCUGGGGGGCGAGAACUGGACAUCAGCUGUGCGAAGUCAUUUUGUUUACAAAAAUGAGGGCUUCUUUGGAAACAGCAGACAUUGCCAUUGUGGCACUGUACUUCGUGCUUGUAAUGUGCAUAGGUUUUUUUGCCAUGUGGAAAUACAAUCGAAGCACCGUAAGUGGCUACUUCUUGGCAGGGCGUUCUAUGACCUGGGUAGCUAUUGGUGCAUCUUUAUUUGUGAGCAAUAUUGGAAGUGAACAUUUCAUUGGGCUCGCAGGAUCUGGAGCGGCGAGUGGAUUUGCAGUAGGUGCAUGGGAAUUCAACGCCUUAAUGCUUUUGCAGCUUUUAGGAUGGGUCUUCGUCCCUGUCUACAUCCGGUCAGGAGUAUACACCAUGCCUGAAUACUUGUCCAAGCGUUUUGGAGGGCAUAGAAUUCAAAUAUAUUUUGCAGCAUUGUCUCUAAUUCUUUAUAUCUUCACCAAACUUUCAGUUGACUUGUAUUCAGGGGCACUUUUUAUCCAAGAAUCGCUAGGUUGGAACCUCUAUUUGUCAGUUAUCCUCCUUAUUGGAAUGACUGCGCUGUUGACUGUGACUGGAGGUCUUGUGGCUGUCAUCUACACAGACACGCUUCAAGCUCUGCUUAUGAUUAUUGGUGCCCUCACACUUAUGAUCAUAAGUAUUACGGAGGUUGGUGGGUUUGAAGAAGUUAAAAAAAGGUACAUGUUAGCAUCACCAAAUAUUACGUCUAUUUUGUUAACCUACAACAUUUCCAAUACCAAUUCCUGCAAUGUCAACCCAAAGCCUGAUGCUCUUAAAAUGUUGCGUGAGCCAACAGAUGAAGAUAUUCCCUGGCCUGGAUUUCUGUUGGGACAGACUCCAGCUUCUGUCUGGUACUGGUGUGCUGAUCAAGUCAUAGUGCAGAGAGUUUUAGCAGCAAAAAACAUUGCUCAUGCCAAAGGAUCCACUCUGAUGGCAGGCUUCUUAAAGUUACUGCCAAUGUUUAUUAUAGUUGUCCCAGGGAUGAUUUCACGAAUACUUUUUGCAGAUGAUAUCGCCUGUAUUAAUCCAGAACACUGUUUUCAAGUCUGCGGAAGCAGAGCUGGAUGCUCUAACAUUGCCUACCCACGUUUGGUGAUGAAACUUGUGCCAGUUGGUCUGCGAGGACUUAUGAUGGCCGUGAUGAUUGCUGCACUGAUGAGUGACUUGGACUCUAUAUUCAACAGUGCCAGCACCAUAUUUACGCUUGAUGUCUACAAGCUUAUUCGGAAGAGCGCGACGUCUAGAGAACUGAUGAUUGUAGGAAGAGUCUUUGUGGCUUUCAUGGUAGUUAUAAGCAUUGCCUGGGUUCCCAUAAUAGUAGAAAUGCAAGGAGGUCAGAUGUACCUGUAUAUUCAAGAGGUGGCAGACUAUUUGACUCCACCGGUGGCUGCUCUGUUUCUUAUGGGUAUCUUUUGGAAGCGUUGCAAUGAACAGGGGGCGUUCUAUGGUGGAAUGGCUGGGUUUGCUCUUGGAGCAAUACGGUUGGUACUGGCAUUUAUCUAUCGUGCUCCAGAGUGUAACCAGCCGGAUACUAGGCCCAGCUUUAUCAAAAAUAUCCAUUACAUGUAUGUUGCUACCGCUCUGUUCUGGAUCACUGGAAUUGUGACCGUAAUAGUAAGCCUACUUACACCGCCACCUACAAAGGAGCAGGUUCGAACGACCACUUUUUGGGCUCUGAAAAACAGAAGUGUGAAAGAGAAUACUGCAAAGGGGGAGCUGUACAAAGUACAAGAAAAGAGCAUCUUAAAAUGCAAUGAAAACGCUAAUCAUAUCAUUCCAAAUGGCAAAUCUGAAGAAAAUCUUAAAAAUAUUAAGCCUGAGGAUAUCAAUCUUCUGGUAACUUGCAGAGAUGACAGCAACCCGGUGAUUUCUGUAAGUCACUCUGAAGUCGAGACACCAGUUGAUUGUUAUUCGAAUGGACAAGUGGCUUUGAUGGGUGAGAAAAAGCACGAGGAAGAAACUGAUGAUAGAGAGAGACAUUUGAAAUUCAUAGACUGGUUCUGUGGCUUUAAAAGUAAAAGCAUGAACAAGAGAGCUGUUCGGGAGAUCGAGGAAGAGACUGUUUGUUUACAAAUGCUGGAAGAGACUCCAAAAGUUAAACUAUUACUAAAUACUGGACUGGUCUGUGUCUGUUCGCUUGGAAUAUUCAUGUUUGUCUAUUUCUCUUUGUGAGUGAAUAGUGAACACUUAAGGGUAUGGCUCAACAUACAGAAGUUGAUACAGGUCUCUGGAGUUCUUGGUUUUUUUUUCCUUUUCCAAAUAACAUAACUGCAACCCAGGCAUUGUUUACGCUAUAAUUGUCAAAUCAACUUUAGCCAAUUUAAAGACCAUUUGAGACAUGUUGUGCUAUCUCUGCUGAAGGCAGAAUGUAUUAUGUGGUGUCUCUUUUUCUUUUUUCCCUUUAGGUUUCUUUCCCCCUUCCCUAUUUGCAGUACUAACCUUUUCUUUUUCCAUGUAUACGUAUAUGAAUAUACCAAAGGCAGGCAGGUGGCUGUGUUUGAGGUCAGUCAGUUAUAAAGCUCAGUCAGCAUUAAGGUGAAGAUACUUGAAGAACAAGUAAUCAUUUACGUAAGUGUAAAAUCCAAAUGACUAAAGCUGUGUUGGAAGACUUUAAACGUAAGACUGUGAUGCACAUCAUUGUACAGGUGUUCUUUGUUACAUAGCUGUAUUACCUUGGCUGACUUAAUACUUACUAAUUUUGCUCACUGCUUCUAGUUUUUUUUUUUAGUUUCUCAGUUCUUCUCUUACGGGAACAACAGGAUGAUAUUUUGUCUCAUCAUGUAGUAUUUAGAACAUGAUAUCUGUUACUAGCUUUUUGUCAUUUUUCUCUGUAAGAAAAUGUUUGUCUAACUUUUGAUUUUAUUCACUGUAAAUGCCAUUACAGAAAAAAUGCUGUAUUUAAGAAAAAAAAGGAAGAAAAAAACCUGGAGAGAACAAAUGGGUAAUUGAGGAGAGGGGAAAAGGAGUACUCUCUUUACUAGAGUUUUGUAGUAAAUAAAUACAAGAAUAUAUAUUCAAUGCCUUCUUCAGUCCCCAAACCUUUAGCCUUGUUAUGUCAUUUACAUAAUUAGGGUUGGCUUCUUAUUAGGGAAAAACUUACACAUAGGUUCUACCACAUGGAAAAAGAGAUGUGUGAGGCUAGCCUUUGCAUAUCUUUGAUUUGAUAAACACACUGAAAAAUAACUUUUCCCUUCUGCUAUGUGUAGCUAAAAGGAAGUACUCUGCAACCCUGUCACUGCUGCGAACUGAGGCUGUGUGAGGGUAGGAAAAGUGGGAAGACAAAAGGAGAAGGAAGGGGGGAAAGAGGUGGAAGUGGUCCUUAUUUUCCGGAGUCCUUUUACCUAAUGUCUUCUCCUGCUUCCCCUCUUGCCCCAUCAAACCUUUUUUUAGGAAUGACUAGCAAGGGAGUCCACAUCAGGAGAUAGAAAGUAAACGCAGUAGUAAUCUGCGUUGUUGCCGAUUGGGGUUUACCUUCUGAUUCUUUGAAAAAAACGCAACUUUGCCCAGGCAAGCACAGAAGAUUAGAGAUCCUGAGGUACUAAGGUUUUUUUCUCCCAAAGGAUGGAUACACAAGACCGUUUCCAGUUCUACAGACUUCUGUGUGCAGAUCGCUGAUGGAAUUCAGCAGACUGAAAGGUUGCAGGUCCUAAAUCUUCACAUUUCUCUUCCACUUCUCCCUUUAUAAAAUAAAGGAGUCUGUCACCAUCUUGGAUGCUCUCACCCUUAGCAGGAUUGAGCAGCACUUUGAGUUCAAUAGCCCUGACUUAUGCUUCUGUCUGACUACAUGUGUUUUCAUAAACUAAACAAAGUCAGGACCUGUUCUCGGUUUUGAGGCCAGCUGACACAGUCUGGCCACACUUAAACUCUCUUAGCCUCCGAAACAGAGUGGUCGUAUCCAGACUGCCUUUGAGAAGGACCCCUGCUGUUGUCUUAAAUCUUGAGCUUGUCUUGGGAGUUGUUUGGGAGAGUGCUAACUGGAGAGACCAAAACAGUCUGAGGGGCCAUGUCGACAGUUUAUUAGCAUAAAAGAUAGAGUCCAAGAAUGUUUCCCUGGCACUAGUUUACUAAUAUAUACAAGACCCAAACCCUAGUGGGUGAAUUAGUUCUGUGGAGAUUAAAUUUGGAUAAAUCCUGCCAUUGAAUGCUGGGGAAAUUUUCUUUUCCAGUAUAGUGGUCUUGUAAGCUAUAGGCUGUCUAAAUAGCUUUUGGUAGUGUGAUAUGUAAUACAUAUUAUUAGAUAAACUGGUUAACUUCUAGGUUUAUGGGUUUUUUUUAAGCAAUUGAGUCCUGUUAGUUCUGAGAUUUUAAACAGAGGACAAGAUAUCCCACCUUUCCCUGCUUUAUUUAGUUGUUGCCCCUGGAAAAUAGAAUACUGUAGCUGGAAAUUUGGUGAUAAGUGUAGGGGCUGUAUUGAAAUAUAUGUGGAAGAGGAGAGAAGAAUUACCAUACCUGAGUCUUGAUGUUAACAUCAGUGUGAAAAGACAUGUUUUCUUACAGUUGGUGUGGCUGGCUUCAUUCAGAAAAAUAUUUUUGAAUCCUUUCUAAAGAUCAAAUUCUAGCCUGCGAAAUAUAAUGUUAACGGAAAAUCAAGUCCAUUCAUCAGUGAGGUGAGGUAGGGAAGGAUGAUACUGUAAGUAGAAAGAGACGUAAAACAUAGUUAACUUUCUAUGCAGGAUGAAGUAACCUAGGGCAAAACAUGUCUGAUCCCUGUGGGAUGAGGAAUAACAAUUUGCGGAGGGUAAGAAUAAGUCUCAGACCAACAGUAUCUUCUUAAAAGGCUGUGAUCUGGCUAAUAUGCCUAAUUUGGCACAGGGAAAGAGAGACUUGUGUACCAGCCACUGUCCCUUACUAACUUGGCACGUGUUUUUACCAGCUGCUGGUGCUUGGAUUUUUCCAGACCAGUUGUCUUUGCUCUAAUAUUAAUGAAUGCAUUACCAUCUAACCUGCAAAGUCAGGUUAGCUCAGGGACCCUUUUGCUUGGCUGCUGUUGCUUCAUCUUUGCUUGCUCUUUUUCCCAGGGUGCCUUAUGUGGUUAUGAAGCUGAAGGCAUGGCUUUAUUGCCACCUGAAUAAUGGUUUUGCUUAUAAUGUUUCUUUCUCAGAUUGUUUUUCCUCUUCUCUCCCUCUGAGUCAUUUACUAUUUAAACAGAGCCCUGUUUAAAUAGUUAAUAUACAGGAUGUGUGUAUUCUGUUCAGUAUAAUUGCAAUCAGGUCCAUGAUGAAACUAAUCUUUCAGCCGUUCUAUGAAGCCAUAAUCCUUUGAAAACGUGCAGUGUAACCUUUGACUCCUGAAUCUGAGAUACUCCAGAUUUCAGUUAAUGUAUUCUUACUUUUGCUAAACUAACAAGUUGCCAUAUUAAUCAUAGUAAUAGUUGGCAGUCAGUCAGAAUCUUAAUAAAGUAAUACUUUACAUCGCCCCAUCUUUAGAACUGUUACCAUGAAGAAGCUUUUAAGCAAAUUAUUUCUGCAGUGGUUUUUCUCUUCAGUCACUUAAAAAUGCAUUUCUGUGCUACCCUUUGCCUAAUGUUGGCCUCUUCAGUCGUACUCUGCUUCCAUGUCUUAAGAGAUCACAGAACUUGCUAAUAUCCCUUAACAAAAGCCCUUUAUCAGAAAAAAUUAAUGCAUCAUGCAUACUGUCUGUUGGUUAGCAAGUACAUUACCCUGUGUUACGGACUAUUGUGUAAGAAGUUACUUCAGGGUUUUUUAUAGCGUAAACAUGCCUUUGCCAAUCUUCUGAUCAUGAUCUGCUCAGAAGAGAUAUGAACCCAGGUUAAUAUGUUUUGGUUUAAACACGAACUUUUUGGUUUUGUAAAACUACAAAUUAUCUCCCAUAGUGGACAGUCAGUUCAAUGACAUCUAAUGCCUGGCUUCCUCCUAGGUGGGACAAGCUAGUCAUACAGGGAUAGACCCAGAAGGAUACUUGCUUCUAUCUCUGCAGUGAUUGGUCUAUUUAUUGCCUUGAACUUAGAAUGACAGUCUUGAAAAACUUAUUUUGGAGUGAUGCCUUUUUUUGUUGUUGUUCCCCUUAACUUAUUUUUCUGUUAAGGUAUUUGAAUUUUCUCCUGGAAAUUUGUUAGGAGCCUUUUAUUAUUAAAAAAAAAAAAAAAGCAUGAAAGAAAAAAAGAAGGAAAAAGGCUUCUUGAAAGCUUAAUAGUAUGUCCUGGGAGACUAUUCUUAUUUAAUUUUUUUGAAGAAAUGAUUUGAUGCUUUUCUCUGCCAAAGUUGUUAUUUUCUUCUUUUAGCUUUUACUAAUACCUAAAAGGAAAUGGUGAGAGUUUGUAAGAAAUCAAAAUGGCCUUCAGUAUAUACCCCUUAUGUAUUUUUUACUUCUCCAGUUCUGUGUUUCCCUUUUCACCCUAUUCCCAGAAAGGGGCCAGCAUGAGACUUCUGAUGCAAGUCAUGUAAGUACUGUAACUUGGUAGUGUAAAGGAUUUCCCACAAGGUUACAGUGGUGCGGGCAGAGCCAUCAAAGGAUCUCUGCAUGAACACUUAAAGCAGAAGAUGCUUACAACUUUAAAACGUACAGCUUUAUUUUUUUUAUAUAUAUAUUUUUUUAAAUCCUAAGAUAAAGGAGGUGUUGGGAGUUGCUCCCUUUCAGAGAACAGGAUACAUGGAAGAAGUUGGAGUCACUAAACUCUAACUUUUUUGAGGAAAUCUUUGGAUUUAGCAUGUAUAGAGAAGCAAAGAUACUCAUCCGUUAAUUUGGUAUUCUGUAUGUUCUGUGCCCUUAAAUGUAGUUGUUUUGAAAAUAAAACUAACCUGGUUAUGUGAUGUUUAAAAGCAAACUUGUGUGCAAUGUUUUAAAUUUUUUUAAGAAAAUGUUUGUAUAUAAUUAAAUGGUUUAAUGUGCUUUAAUUGGCCUAAGGUAAAGAGUAGUCCUAGAAUGUAAACAUAUAUAAUUAGGAUUUUUGAUUUCACUGUGAGAUCUCUGAACUCUCUUGUUUUGCAAAGUGGUUUGUUUUGUUUACAAAACACUUUCUAUUAUUUCUUUUAUGGUGUUGGUUUAAAGGCAUUUGCUUCACUUCUGUUCUAAUAUUGAAUUCAUGGUAUAGUGACAUCUGGUGACACUUAGCAUUAUCAGUUUCACUGUGUAAAGUCGGACACUUUGAGCAAAAAUGGUAAUGAUAUGACAAUUCUCUGUGUCUAUGAAUACACGUUUUUAAAUGAGGUGGUUAUAAAAAUAGUUGCUGUGCAAAAUGUUAGUAGUCUUCUUCAAGAAGAAAGCAAAUUUUCUAAUAUCACUAGAGCAGUCUUUUCAUUCAUCUUCUUAUUUUUAAAGCACAGUGUCAGAGUGAUGCUGCUUUACCUUGUGUCUCUGAUGUUUUUUAGAUAUCUGUGAAGUAUUUUUGUUUUUUGUCGCUGUUGUAUUUUUUCUGCAGAUUUUAUAUAAAAUACCAGUUAAUGAACUGCCUUUUCUUUUUUUUAACUAUUCAACUAAAAUACAUUUCAGACCAAAACCAAAUGAUAUCAUAUAGCAUUUGAAACCUGCCUUUUCCUUUGUCCCUUCUUUUUUUGAAGAAAGUCAAAUGGGCAUGUAGAUAAGAUCACUAUAACUGGGUCCAGGUCUCUCUUGGUCAAGUGUUAUUUGAAGGUCUGUUAAGAUCUUAGAAGACAAUAUACAGAAAAAAUUAUUGUAGUAGGAAUAUAGAUUUAGAAGUGUUAAUGAGAUUAAUACAGCUUAAUUAUACUUGUAAGUUGCUACUGUCCAUAAUGACAAGCUUUUUGUCAUAGAAACAAUGUAUGAUAAAUUAAUUUUGGUCUAGUGUAUAGAAUUAUCAUAUUGCUAUAAAUCUUUGAAGUAAAUCUGAUGCAAAAUUUUCAGUUAGCAUUGCUGGCCCUGUGUAUACUGUUCUUUGUAUACUGUAUGCAUAUUAUUUUGCCUACUGCAUUAGUCUUCAGACUAAAACUCUUAUUAGAGAGUAUUUGGAUACUUCAGACUGUGUUUCUUGCAGUUUACAUUCCUUUACCAUGGCAUUUUGUCCUGUCUAAAAGUAUUGUAUGGAAAUGUUUAAAACUUCUGUACAAAGUUUCAAUAAAAAUAGAGAAAAAAAAACCCAGAACAGAUAUUUGUGAAGCUAUUUUGGAGAACCUAUACAUAAUUAUGUCGUAUGUUCUUAUUUGUAAUAAGCCUUGUAUCCCUGUAUAUAAAUACCUCCUAUUCUGUACCCGUCAUUAAAAGGCAGACCUCUUGAA